AUAAUGCAGUCUAUGGUCAAUGUGGCGCUUAAAGUUAUGAAUGAGCGUCAAGACAUGGCGUUUUAUGAGAGAUUUUCGUAAAUAGUUAAUUUUAUUAAAAUUAAAUGAUUGUGUAAUUUGUAUAACUUCUGCUAAUAUGAGUAGAUAUUACGAUUACGGUAACGCGAUAUCAUGUUGACAUGAGACGGUCGCCCGUCAACAAUGGUUAAAACACGGUCUUCAGCGAGGGUAGGAAACGCGACCCAAAGCGUGCCCGCCGAAAAUGGGACCUCCUCUGAACUUAGAUCCCGGCUCAAAACAUCUGAGAACGGACACCGCUCGCAAAAAAGUACCAAUUCUAGGAACAACCAGCCGCUGUCGUCGAGUGGCGGGGCGCAUGGUACGGGCUCCCAAGGCAAGGAUCCGCUGGCGCCUGCGCUGCCCAGUUCCCGUACGCUGUAUCAGCACCCCGCCGUCACUGGGUACAACCCACAGGACUCCCGCGCACAAGCUAUGCCUGUUACUGCGCGGCAGAACCCCCUGUACGCGGGCAGCAUGUACCACGGGUACGGGCACGGCGCGAGCGGCGCCACGCUGGCUCCGAUGCCCUCGCCCUCGCCCACCGCGCCGUUGACGCCCUUCCCUGUACAUCCAGAUGUUAAAUUUAAAAAGCUUCCAUUCUACGAUGUGUUGGCGGAACUGAUGAAACCCUCCACCAUGAUGCCCAUGCAAGCGGGCCGCAUGCAGGAGGGCACGUACAUAUUCCAUUUGACGCCACAGCAAGCCACAGAGAUCGCAUCGGGAAAAGAUAUAGUUGGAACUAGCAAUAAAUUAGAUUAUGUAAUACAGGCACAACUGAGAUUUUGCCUUUUAGAAACAUCGUGUGAGCAAGAAGACCACUUCCCACCUAGUGUUAAUGUUAAAGUAAAUAACAAAAUGUGUCCACUACCAAAUCCAAUUCCAACAAACAAACCGACGCCGGAGCCGAAGCGGCCUCCGCGGCCUGUCAAUAUAUCGUCGCUGGUGAAGCUGUCCCCGACGGUGGCGAAUACGAUCCACGUGACAUGGGCGGCGGAUUUCACGCGCGCGUACGUUCUCAGCGUGUUCAUGGUGCGGAAGUUGACGUCCGCCGAAUUGCUCGUCAGGCUCAAGAACAAGGGCACCAAGAAUCCGGACUACACGCGGUCGCUCAUCAAAGAAAAGCUAUCAGAGGACUACGACAGCGAGAUUGCAACGACGUCGUUGCGCGUGUCGCUGAUGUGUCCGCUGGGCAAGAUGCGCAUGUCGUGCCCGUGCCGGCCGGCUAACUGUCCUCACCUACAGUGCUUCGACGCCUCGCUCUUCCUGCAGAUGAACGAGCGGAAACCCACGUGGCUGUGUCCCGUCUGCGACCGCCCGGCGCCUUAUGACUCCCUGGUCGUUGACGGAUAUUUCCAAGAGGUGCUAACGUCAUCGCGGCUAGCCAGCGACUGCAACGAGGUGCAGCUUCACGCAGACGGCAACUGGUCCGCGCAUGCGCCGCCUGCGCGGGCGCCGCAGCAACAAGUGCCUACAACCGAACCCGUCACCCUCAUCUCGGACGAUCUUGAAGUGAUACCAAUAGAAGGUUCCGGCGGUGGUGGCAAACGCGCAGCAGUAGGCGAAAGCCGGGCGCCUAAGCCAGCUGAGGCCGUCGUAGACCUCACAUCUGACUCGGAGGAUGAGCUGCCUCUCAAAAGAAAGAUACCACUGCCAAAAGGCACCCCACCAGCGCCUGAGGUCACCGUCAAGUCCGACGACUACUCUUCCAGUGUGGAGGCAGUGACGUCGAGCGGCUACCGGUCGCCAGGGGCGGGCGGCGGCGCGGGCGGCGUGAUCUCGCUGGACAGCCCGUCGCCGCCCGCCGCCGCGUCGCCGCCGCCCGCCGCCCGCGCCGCGCCGCUCGCCGCCGCCGGCGCGCCGCACGCCGACCGCGCCGGCUCCACCUCCCCCACCACGCCUGCUGACCACGAACACUGCACAAGCAAUAACAGUGAUCGUGAAGAGAAUGAGACUGCACCAGCCCACUGGGCGCCGUAUGCAGAAUCGGAUAGGGAAAAUCUCGAUGCAUACAGAAGGUACUGACUGAGGGAGAAGAGUGGCCGUCCCUCGUAUGCCAGCGGCCAUUCUUCUGAAGAAGAACAGGAGCUGUCUUACUCAGAAGUUCCUCUGUUGCCGCAGUAAGCGUACUAAGGGCUACUUUUCGUUACGAUGUGAACUGAUAUGUAACUUUGUGUACAGUAAUAGAUUUAUUGUGAACUCGAAAGAGUGUUGGUGAUAUCACCGGUGGUAAUUAGAAUGAUAAGUGUCAACAAUAUCCUUGCAAACAUUCUUUUUCAUCAACCGAGGGUUAUUUUUUAUUACUCUUUAUGUAUUAUCGUGUUGCAAUAAAAAAUACAAUUGUUGACAAAUUUAUUCUUUCCAUAAUUACUGAAAUAAGUGUAAAAGUUUUAUUAUUAUCACCAUCUUUUCUAAUAUAAUGUCUGGCCUGAGUCUGAUGUGCUUGUGUACCACGAUUGAUGCUAAUAUAUAAUACUUUAUUAUUUUUUAAAUUGCAGAGAUCAUUUUCAGUGUCAUGAUCCGCGAACUGAAUCGAAAAUACUUUUUUUUUUAGUGGUAAUUAGCAAAAUAGUGAGUUUUACACUAAGUGGCCACUCUAUAAACAUUUGUAACAAUGUUGGCAACCGUGUGUUGCCUACUCUUGACUCAUGGGGGUCACGUCACAGUCAGUAACAACAUAUUCCAUAAUUUCACUGCCUUAUCUCGUUUAAACUGACAUGCAACAUGAAAGCAAACUACAAUUUAAGAAGACAAGCAUAUACAACAUUAGUAAUAGAAAAUUAAUAAUAGAUUUUCAUACAACAUAUAAUUUUUUUUAUUCAAAUCUUUUUAUGCAACAACUGUGUACAUUAAAAAUUAAUAUACAUAAUAGGGUAUUUGCGUACAAUAAAAAUAUAUAUCAAACUAGCUUUUUUUUUUUUUAAAAAAUAAUAUUAUUUAACACAUUUUUUUUUAAUAUGAUUAAUCUAUUUUUUUUUUAAUUGCGUAGCGACGUUGGUUUUUUUUUGAGUCUUUUGUCGCACAUAUCAUGGGAGGUGUUCAGAGAAAUUAUUCGGAUUAAUACCAGCUGCUGAAUUUCAUCACUGUAUAACCCGCCGUAAGCUAAAGUGUCAUCCUCACCAUUUGGAUGAAUGGCGGUUCUCCACAGAGCGUUUCUGUACGUGUUCUGAGCGUGCUCUUCCACGCAAAACCAAAGUAUAGAACCAAUUCCUAGUAGCAUUAUUUCUGAAUAGAUAAGACAUUGAAAUCUUCAAGAAAAGAGCAUGCUUCUUGAAAGGUUGGUAAUACACCAGUUAUUACUCUGAUGUUACAAAUGCUUCUGUGUCACAUGUAAUCACACUUACUAGGUGACUUAGGUAGGUUACUUAGGUGAGCCGUAUCCUUUGCAUCCAUGUUAUAAAAAAAGUAUGGCAUUUAUAAAAAAAAAAAAAUAUUAAAUUUUCAUGUUUAAUCGCGUGAUUAAAUACGUACGGAAUUGGUUGGAACUGAAGUGACGUCACCAGCUUGUCAAUUGAAGGCGCGCAGUGUUUUAAGUAUUCUGUAUGCACACAUUAUUUCCGGUGUUAUAAUAAAUGAUAAUAAUAAUCUUUAAAUGAUUAUAUGUGUUAGUACAUUUUGGCACUACACACAAUUUAUAAACCAUUUUGUAAAAGUAAGGUUAUAAAAAUUAACACACCAUCAAGACGUCAUGACAUGGCGUCUUUGCGUUUUGGCGGCAUUUUUGUUCAUUUAAACUUUGAUGGUGAUUAUCAUAGAAAAUAGAGAAAUUGACAAGGAAUUAAUCAAACUGCAAAUGUAUUAUGCUAUAAUGAACCAAAAUAUUUUUCUAAAACCUGUCAAAUACCUUGUUGUUGAACAAAUAAAUAGUUGAAAUGCAGUUCAAAUAUUUCUACCGAAUCUGUAACUAAGAGAUACUGUCCAAAGCAAAUAAAUAAGUUUAUAUAAUUCUCUUCACUCUAACGUCUGGUUGGUGUAUCAACAUUAUUAAAUGUUGUACAGUGGGUCUUUGGCGUCAUCUAUAACCUAAACAAUGGACAAAUUAGAAAUUUUCGUUACUGUAUUGAAAAAAUAAACAUUGUGAUGAAAAUGUUUUAUCAUUAUCAUGUUUAGUGGUCUAUUCUGACUUAACAAUAGAUAUAUAUAUAUAAAUGAAAUAAAAAAUCCGGCCCAACAUCUAACUUCAAUAUAAAUGUACACAACAAUAUUUUCUAAAUAAAUAUCUCGUGAAUGUACAGGAACUUUAAAAUUCCAAGUAUGAUAAGCUCGCCUGUUUUGUUGCUUAAUUUAAACAAUUAAUAUAAGAAACGACAAAGAAACAUUACCUUUUAGCCUUAAUACUUAUUUUUUCUCAGGAAUUUAAUUUAUUUAUAUUUAAGGUGUAGCAUAAAUUUUGUAUUAAUUGUACCUAUUGUUAUGAAGUGGAAUUGUCAUCACAUUCAGUGAGAUACAAUCUAUCAUACUUCCACCAAGAUGUAUGUUGAAGUUAAGACUAUUUAGAUUAAAUUAACAAUAAAUGUAAAUAUGCUCUUUAA